UCGAUGCUUGGACAGAUAUUAAAUCCUUUGCCGAAGAUAUACUACGUGAUGCAACCAUGGAAAUCUCCUCACUACCACCCACACCAGAAAAAGAAAAAAUGCCCUCAGAACCACAACCGAUCACUGGAAAACCACCAAUCAAAAAGAAGCUUACCCGUACCAAAUCUCUACGUUUCUCUUUCACACGCAGUAUAUCACGCGAAAUGUAUGAAUCACAAAGUGAACAUCUUAAAGAUGGUUGUACGCCCAUUUUAGUGGUGGACUCAAAUGCCAUGCUACAGAGUUUUCUAAAAGCCACAGCCGAUAAUCAACAAAAUAAACUGAAAGGCAUACAAGAUGUUGAUACCGAUGAGGAAUCCUCGCCAGAAGCAGACUCAAAUAAUACCCAAAACAGCAUAAAAGAACGUAUAAAAAUAUCAACAAUUUGUUGUAUACAAUAAAAACUAGCUAAACUUUACCUUGGAAAAAUAUUAGUUAAUAAUUUUACACAAGAACUUUUAUAUUAAUAUAAUAAAUAAUACAAUUUUAUAAA